UUCUUGAGUUAAUCUAGAAAUCUCUUUGAUGAUGUCCAAAUCUAUGAGCAUAUCAGUGAACGGACAAUCUCAAGUGCCACCUGGGUUUAGGUUUCACCCGACCGAGGAAGAGCUGUUGCAGUAUUAUCUCCGGAAGAAAGUUAAUAGCAUCGAGAUCGAUCUGGAUGUCAUUCGCGACGUUGAUCUCAACAAGCUCGAGCCUUGGGAUAUUCAAGAGAUGUGUAAAAUAGGAACAACGCCACAAAACGACUGGUAUUUCUUUAGCCACAAGGACAAAAAGUAUCCGACGGGAACCAGAACUAACCGAGCCACUGCUGCCGGAUUUUGGAAAGCAACGGGCCGCGACAAGAUCAUAUAUAGCAAUGGCCGUAGGAUAGGGAUGAGAAAGACCCUAGUUUUCUACAAAGGUCGAGCUCCCCACGGCCAAAAGUCUGACUGGAUCAUGCAUGAAUAUAGACUCGACGACAACAUUAUUUCCCAUGAGGAUGUCACCGUUCAUGAGGUAUGUAUCUAUUUCAGAAACCCUUGGGAUAUUCAAGGUUUAUAAAAAAAUUAAUUAUGGGUUAAUUUUCUACUUUUUUUCACGNAUCUUCACAAAACCCUAAACAGUCCCGUUGGAGGAGCUUCCCUGAGCGGUGGUGGAGACACGACGAGGUCGUCUCAGAUCUUCAACGAGGACACUCUGGAGCAGUUUCUCGAACUUAUGGGGCGAUCUUGUAAAGAAGAGCUAAAUCUUGACCCUUUCAUGAAACUCCCAAACCUUGAAAGCCCUAGCAGUCAAACAAUCAACAACAGCUGCCACGUGAGCACUCCCGACACUAAUCAUAAUAUCCACGUCAGCAACGUGGUGGACACUAGCUUCGUUACUAGCUGGGCGGCUUUGGACCGCCUCGUGGCCUCGCAGCUUAACGGACCCACAUCUUACUCAAUAGCACCCGUCGAUCAAGAUCAUCCGUACCCAAGUCUAAACCGGUCCGCUUCGUACCACGCCGGUUUACCUCAGGAAUAUACACCGGAGAUGGAGCUGUGGAAUACGACAACGUCGUCUCUAUCGUCAUCGCCUGGCCCAUUUUGUCACGUGUCGAACGGUAGUGGAUAAAGGAAACGGAGGGAAAGAGAGAGGGAGACACACACACUCACGCAGAGAAGACAUUUCACAUUUGUGUAAAAAGAUAUAAUCAUACCAUAUAGUUGUUGAAACAUUAAAAAAGAAAGUCAGAUUUGUGAUAAUUACAGUGGUUAUGAGAUAUUGUAAAAUAGAUUAAUAUUAUAUAUAAAAAAAAAGAGGAGGAAUAAAGAUCACAAAAAGGAGAUAUUUCGUUA